AUGGCUUCCAGAAGGAGUUGCACGCCUGAAGAGGGUGACGACACCUUCACCGAGCGCCGUCGAGAGCGCACCAGCCCCGACCGCGUGUGUCGUCCGUCCUCGACCCCGGAUCUCCAGCCAAGAAGUCACCCUGCUCCCGCCAUCAGUACAGCCCCGACCCUGCUGCGCAAUCAUUCGCUCGUUGGUGCGCCGCCGGCACGCUCAUCCGACGAGGAACCAUCCUCCAACUCCAACCGACCCACCACGCGGCACCCGCCCUCGCGCUACCGUUCCUGCAAAAGUCCGUUUCACCCGCAUCCGUCGACCCAGCCUUCUCGCCGUCCCUCGCUCUGCAGCAGCUCCUCGUCCGCAACCCUCGCUUCCGCCUACUCGCCGCCUCCCUACCGCAAAGCCGACUACAGAUACAUGGCGACCCCAGGCACCAAUGGCCUCUUCAAGGAGUAUGAACCGACCAGCGACGACGAGCUUCCGCUCCACCGCACCGCGCGAACCGACAGCCGCAACUGGCAGCAGCACCGUCCACUGAUUGACAACGUCACGAACCAGUGGCGCAAGAGCUCAACUGCCGACGACGACGACGACGACGACUUCUACUACCGCGAUAAACAAAACUGGUACACACCCGCGCUAGUGACCCUGAUCGCUGCCCAGCGCAUUCCUCGCCGCAUCCAGCGCGCCAUCUUCACCGUUGUCCUCGCGACCAUCCUCAUGGCCUUCUCGUGGAAGUGGUUCCUGGGUCCCUACUGGGCCGAGCAAAACAGCCUCAGUAAUGCCCUGGUUGGCCCACAGAAAUACGGAUACUUUGGCGCCAAUGCCCGCCCGGCCUUUACCGACAUGAUUCACGUGAAGACGCUUGAUCCCAGCCUACUGCCGACGUCUGCUGCCGAUAGCCAACGCCUUAUCAUGGUGGGAGACGUGCACGGCUGCAAGUCUGAGCUGGUCGAGCUACUGAAUAAAAUCAACUUCCGCCCCGCCGCCGAUCACCUCGUCCUUACCGGCGAUAUCAUUGCCAAGGGUCCUGACUCAAAGGGUGUCGUUGACUUCGCCCGUGACGUUCACGCGUCGUGCGUGCGCGGUAACCAUGAGGAUCGCGUCCUACUAUCCCGCAAGGCGAUGAAAGUUGCCGAAGACGACAUGAACUCCAACAAGCAGCUCAGUGAAGACGAGGCUCGCAACGGAGGGAACAAAAAGGAUAAGGCGCUCGCAAAGAAGUUCGACGCGAAGCAGAUCGAAUGGCUUGAGCAGUGCCCUGUCAUCCUGAAGGUCGGCCAGAUCAAGGGCAUGGGCGAGGUCUUGGUGGCGCAUGCAGGCCUCGUCCCCGGUGUUGACCUCGAGAGACAAGACCCGUUCCAGGUGAUGAACAUGCGGAGCCUGGAUCUUGAAACCAAGGUCCCGAGCGCCGAACGCGACGGCACUCCCUGGUGGAAGUACUGGAACUACUACAUGAAGUUCUUGCCCAAGGACCAGCGCAGUACCAUCAUCUACGGCCAUGACGCUAAGACAGGUCUCAAGAUCAAACAGUACAGCAAAGGCCUCGACUCCGGUUGCGUUAGGGGUGGCAAGCUCACCGCUCUCGUCAUCGAAGCCGAUCACAAGGGCGGUCCUGCCAAGCAGACUCUCGUCCAUGUCAAAUGUGGCGACUACAGCAGCAAAGAAGAUGGCGAGGAGAAGAAGAAGAGAUGA